CUGCGUGAGUGGUACUUACAGUACUGCAGCCUCAGGAGAGGUGCUUCUGGAGCUAGGAGUGCUGCUGGAGCUGGUGCUAGUGCUUCCCCUCCUAGGCGGGAGCUGCCCUCUCCCCAGCGGCUCCGAGAGUGGUACGCUCGGCGCUGUAGUCUCCGGAGUGGUGCUCCUAGUGUCGCGGACCCUGGUGCUGGAGGUGCUGCUGCUGCUGGCGGUGCUGCUGGCGCUACUGGAGGUGCUGCUGGUGCUGGAGCUGCUGGAGGUGCUGCUGCUGGCGGUGCUGCUGGCGCUGCUGGAGGUACUACUGGUGCUGGAGCUGCUGGAGGUGCUGCUACUACUGGAGGUGCUGCUGGUGCUGCUGGCGCUGCUGGAGGUGCUGCUGGUGCUGGUGGUGCUGCUGGUGCUGCUGGAGCUGCUGGAGGUGCUGCUGGUGCUGGUGCUGCUGGAGCUGCUGGAGGUGCUGCUACUACUGGAGGUGCUGCUGGUGCUGUUGGAGCUGCUGGAGGUGCUGCUACUACUGGCGGUGCUGCUGGCACUGCUGGAGGUGCUGCUGGUGCUGGUGCUGCUGGAGCUGCUGGAGCUGCUGGUCCUGGGGGUGCUCGUACUGGAGGUACUGGAGCUGCUGGGACUGGGCCUGCUGAGGGGGUUGUCGCUGGAGGUGCUGAGCGGCCGCGGCCGUACUACGUUCCGCUCCUUCAGCAGGUUCUUGGUCCCCCGCCCUCUACUGGUCCUUCUCCUCCCCUACUGAGUCCACCGUCUGUCCAGUCGCAGUUACAGUCUGCCUCUCCGCUGCCUGCCCCUUCUCCUUACACUGCGCCGACGGGUAGUCUUACGGAGCGUCGUGAGCCUGAGUCUCGUCCUCCGUCGCCUGAGUCUCGUCCAGCGCCGUCUGAGUCGCGUCCAGAGUCACCUGUCCGCGCUGUCCGCUCUGGUCGUCGUGCUCCGCGUGAGCGACCUCCUCCUGUCCCUGGCACUCACUAUAUGACUCUGCGUCCUUCCACUGCUCCACAGCGUGUCCCUCUGCCGUCUCCUCCUGCGUCCUCUCUUCCUCCUCUUGCUGACCCGGAGUCUGACUCUCUUCGUGCUGCCAGUCCUACUGUCACGCGUCUCCUUGCCACUGUUGUCACUGACCCUUCCUUUGAGUCCUCUGCUGCGUCUGCUCUAGUCGCUGAGCUUGUUGACUUUGCUGCCGCCUGUCGUCUAGACUACGCCGCUAGCCUUGUUGCUGAGUCUGAGUCAGUCUGUCCUCCGUCCGUCGGGGGUGAGUGUGCCCUUGGCACGGACGUCCUUGAGGACAGACAGGAGGAGUUUGAGUGCUUUGCCGCUGCUUUGCCUCAUCUCGUGUCCAUGCUAGUUGCCCCUGAGGGAGACCCGGAUGCACCAGACAUCCCGACCCCACGCUCCUACGCAGAGGCGAUGGAGGGUCUCUACUCCUCUCAGUGGCAGACAGCCAUGGACGCAGAGAUGGCUUCCUGGAAGUCCACAGGCACCUACGUCGAUGAGGUUCCCCCACCUGGGGCGAACAUCGUCAGUGGCAUGUGGAUUUUCAGAGUGAAGCGGCCGCCGGGUUCUCCGCCUGUCUUCAAGGCGCGUUACGUUGCUCGAGGCUUCAGUCAGCGAGAGGGAGUUGACUUCUUCCAGACCUUCUCCCCGACCCCGAAGAUGACCACUCUUCGGGUUCUGCUGCACGUCGCUGCUCAGCAUGACUACGAGCUCCACUCUCUUGACUUCAGCACUGCGUUCCUACAGGGCAGCCUACACGAGGAGAUCUGGCUGCGCCGCCCACCUGGCUUCACUGGGUCGUUCCCUCCUGGUACCCAGUGGAGCCUCCGGCGGCCAGUCUACGGUCUCCGCCAGGCACCCCGUGAGUGGCACGACACACUGAGGACUACGCUUGCGGCUCUUGGGUUUGCUCCUUCUACUGCUGACCCGUCGCUGUUUCUACGCACCGACACCACUCUGCCGCCGUUCUACGUUCUCGUGUACGUCGACGACUUGGUCUUUGCUACUGCUGACACUGAGGCACUCGCCCACGUGAAGUCGGAACUGCAGAAGAGACACACGUGCACAGACCUGGGUGAGCUGACAAGCUAUCUUGGCUUGCGGAUCACCCGGGACAGAGCACAGCGCACCAUCACCUUGACUCAGUCACACAUGGUGCAGCAGGUCCUUCAGCGCUUCCGCUUCACGUACUCCUCGCCUCAGCCCACUCCUCUGCCUACCGGUCACUCGCUCUCAGCUCUGCCUUCGGAUGAGUCCGUAGAGCCGAGUGGCCCUUGUGAGGCUGAGAUCUACGCCACAGCCAUGGCUGCCCAGGAGCUACGCUGGCUCACCUACUUGCUGACCGACCUUGGAGAGCGGCCUCGUUCUCCUCUAGUGCUGUACGUCGACAACAAGGCAGCCAUUGCCUUGUGUCAGGAGCACAGACUGGAGCACAGAACGAAGCACAUCGCUCUGCGCUACUUCCUUGCUCGAGAGCUGCAGCAGCGUGGUCAGCUUCGUCUUUCGUACGUGGCCACUCGAGCCAACACUGCUGAUGUGUUCACCAAGGCGCUUCAGCCUUGUGAUCAUCAGCGUUUCUGUACUGUUCUAGGCCUUGUGCCUACUGUCCCUCACUUGCUCACUUCUUGA